UCUCUAUCCACUGUGAAGCUCAUGCGAGAGGUUGCAGAGCUCUGAUUUACGCGCCUACCUCAGCAAGGGUUUCAAAAUGAAACUGCUAAACUGAGCACAUAUAUGGUGUACAGAAUAAAAGAACAGCUUGUGGAUAAAAAGAAACAAAGACAAGGUAGUCUAUUGUAUUGCACGUCCUGAAAAUGAGCAGCUAUUUUUUUUUUUUUUUUUUUUAUAUAUAUAAAGAAGAAAUGUAUUAGCUUGAGUAAAUGAAGAGCUUCGUGGAAGCGCACGAGAAGUGUUGAGCUAGAAGGAAUAUAAAGAAAAAGCAGUGCAUUGAAUAAAGAUAACCUGGAAUAAUAAUCUACCGUUACCUGAAAACAUAACUUCAUUAAACAGAAGCAAGGAUGUAUUAUACUGAAAUAUUCUAAUGUCAGUGAUUCUGUAUCAUAGAACAAUUUCUGGGUGUAACCUGCUUUGGAUUGGAAAGAUUAAAAAAAAGGAACUGGGAGACUCUCUCUGCAUAAGAACAUAAAAAAUGAGUAUGUGACCCUUUGGGAUUGAACUUUCAGUGUGUAUUGGAUGUGCAGAGGACAUGUGUAAAUACUGGUGCAUGUCAGUAGGUUUACAGAAGAGGAUUCUGGAAGAAACCUGUCUGGCCUGCUUGUAUAUGCUUAGUUGGGCUACACUUUCGUUUGACUUUCCAAUUGCAUGACAAAAAGAUACAGUUCUUCUUCUGAUGCCCUUCCAGGUCCAAUGAAAAUGUCAACCAACCUCCAAACGCUUUCUUUGAUUUUAUUCUCAAGAGCCAUUCUGCUUUCACUAAGUGACUCAAACUAUGUUAGAAAGGAAAUCAAGAUAGAGGGAGACCUUGUUUUGGGUGGUCUGUUUCCGAUCCAUGAAAAAGGUGCAGGGAUGGAUGAAUGCGGACGAAUAAAUGAAGACCGAGGGAUUCAGCGUUUAGAGGCUAUGUUAUUUGCCAUUGAUGAAAUCAACAGAAACUCACACUUACUCCCUGGGGUUGUGCUUGGUGUACACAUUCUGGACACAUGUUCACGGGAUACAUAUGCUUUGGAGCAGUCACUGGAAUUUGUCAGGGCAUCACUAACCAAAGUAGAUGAAACGGAGUACAUCUGCCCUGAUGGGUCAUACGCAUUCCAAGACAACAGCCCCUUAGUCAUAGCGGGUGUGAUUGGAGGAUCCUACAGCAGUGUUUCUAUACAGGUUGCCAACUUAUUGAGAUUGUUCCAGAUCCCUCAGAUAAGCUAUGCCUCUACUAGUGCAAAACUGAGUGAUAAAUCCAGAUAUGACUACUUUGCGAGGACAGUUCCACCUGAUUUUUACCAGGCCAAGGCAAUGGCUGAGAUCCUGAGGUUGUUCAAUUGGACAUAUGUCUCCACAGUGGCCUCUGAAGGGGAUUAUGGGGAGACGGGGAUUGAAGCUUUUGAACAAGAAGCAAGGCUUCGAAACAUCUGUAUUGCCACUUCAGAAAAAGUUGGUAGGUCCAAUGUUAAAAAGUCCUAUGAUACCGUAAUUCGGGAACUGCUGCAGAAACCUACCGCAAAAGUGGUUGUACUCUUCAUGCGCAGUGAUGAUGCAAAGGAGUUACUGGCUGCUGCCAAUAGGCUUAAUGCAUCCUUCACAUGGAUUGCCAGUGAUGGAUGGGGAGCUCAAGAAAGCAUUGUCAAGGGGAAUGAGAAUGUGGCAAAUGGGGCAAUAACCUUAGAACUUGCCGCCAAUCCUGUUAAGGAAUUUGACAGAUAUUUUCAAACUCUUCACCCUAUGAACAACUUGCGUAACCCUUGGUUCAAGGAUUUCUGGGAACAGAAAUUUCAGUGUGCUUUACAAAAUGGAAAUGGUCAGUUGAAAGCUUGUGAAAAACACAUGUCAAUCGACAGCACUAAUUAUGAACAGGAAUCCAAAAUCAUGUUUGUUAUCAAUGCUGUGUAUGCGAUGGCUCAUGCCUUACACAAGUUGCAGCGGACCUUGUGCUCCAAUACCACUAAGCUGUGUGAUGCCAUGAAACCCCUCGACGGGAAGAAACUAUACAAGGAUUACUUACUAAAAAUCAACUUCAGUGCCCCUUACUGGCCUCCUGAUGCAGACAACAUUGUGAAGUUUGACGCUUAUGGAGAUGGAAUUGGCCGCUAUAAUAUAUUUAAUUUCCAGAAAACUUCUGGAAAAUACUCCUAUGUUAAGGUUGGCCAUUGGGCAGAGACCCUAUCCCUAGAAAAUGAACUGAUUCACUGGUCCAGAUACUCAGUCCCCACCUCCCAGUGUAGUGAGCCAUGUGCCAGAAACGAGAUGAAGAACAUGCAGGCAGGGGACUACUGCUGCUGGAUUUGUAUUCCCUGUGAGGCUUAUGAAUACUUAGCCGAUGAGUUCACGUGCAUGGCCUGCAACCCAGGCCAGUGGCCCUCCGAAGAUCUGACAGGCUGCUAUGAUCUCCCUGAAGACUCUAUCAUGUGGGAGGAUGUCUGGGCCAUUGGACCCAUCAGCAUUGCCUGUGUUGGCUUCAUCUGCACCUUUAUGGUUUUGGCAGUCUUCAUCAAACAUGACAACACACCACUGGUUAAAGCCUCAGGCCGUGAACUUUGCUACAUUUUACUAUUUGGUGUUUUUAUGUCCUACUGCAUGACUUUCUUCUUCAUCGCCAAGCCUUCUCCUGCGAUCUGCACCUUGCGUCGCCUAGGCCUUGGAACAUCCUUUGCUGUGUGCUAUUCGGCUCUUCUCACAAAAACAAAUCGCAUUGCCAGGAUAUUCAAUGGUGUGAAGGAGGGGACCCAGCGGCCCAAGUUUAUCAGUCCUAGUUCUCAAGUUUUUAUCUGCAUGAGUCUGAUCUCAGUCCAGAUUGUGUUGGUGUCUGUAUGGCUCAUGUUGGAAAUUCCUGGCACUAGAAGGUUUACUCUGCCUGAAAAGAGAGAGACUGUUACAUUGAAAUGUAACGUCAGAGACUCCAGUAUGUUAAUUUCAUUGACAUAUGACGUAGUGCUGGUAAUCCUGUGUACUGUGUAUGCCUUUAAGACCAGGAAGUGUCCUGAAAACUUUAAUGAGGCCAAAUUCAUUGGCUUUACAAUGUACACCACCUGCAUCAUCUGGCUGGCUUUCCUUCCUAUCUUUUAUGUGACCUCUAGUGAUUACAGGGUCCAGACCACUACCAUGUGCAUCUCUGUCAGCCUGAGUGGGUUUGUCGUCCUGGGCUGCAUGUUUGCUCCAAAGGUGCACAUCAUCAUGUUUCAGCCACAAAAGAACGUAACCAGUCAUAGACUACAUCUGAACAGAUUCAGUGUUAGUGGUACAGCCACCACAUACUCACAUUCAACUGUGAGUACUCAUUACGUCCCAACCAUCUGUAACGGGAGAGAAAUCGUGGACUCCACGACAUCAUCUCUGUGACUCGCAUUAAACUGCCUGAUCUUACUUUCAAACUGUUAAGACUGUUAGAAAACAUAUGCACAGAUUGUGCAUUUCAAGUGGACUAGUGUCAUUUAUGUAGAAGUAUUAAAUUAUUUAAAGCAGUGUACAUAUAACUGACAUUGUUGUAGAAACCUGUAUAGAAUGUUUUUAGCAUUUUAUGUUUUUUAUAGUUUUAUUAUACUGUGUAAAUAACUGAGUUGCUUUGUCAGUUUUACUUCGUGGUAAAGGAAUGAUCUGUUACAUUUGCAAUAUUAGUCUUCUUCCCCUCUGUAAUUUUUAUUUUUAUUUUUGAUAGGCUUCCUUGAUGUAAUUGAUUUAGCAUAAUGUACAUAUGAGGUUCAUUACUUCAUUACCAUAAGUUGGUAAUUUAAACAGCACAAAAUUACAGUAUUAGAGAGAUACUAUUAAUAAAGAUUGAAUAGAUUAGUAUUCAAAUAACAUGAUUUUUAGAAAAUAGGCUUCUUGUAUGAAAUAUAUUUUUUUGCUACUUCAUGCUGAAUUUUAGUUGAUGCUUACAAGGUACUGUAAACUUAUAAUUAAUAACCACAGGUAACAGUUUCAAGUGUAAAUGAAUCUGUAACAUUAAACACUUAAUCAUAAACUACAUAAGAAACUAAAUUACUGUAAACUCAGUAUUAUUUGUUACAAAUGUGGUUAUGUGGAUCCUUGUAAAAAAGUUGUAAGCACUGCAAAAAAAAAAAAAGUUGACUGCAUGAAGAGCAGAGAG